AUGGCAAGAAACAUUCAGAGGGCUCAAAACAACCGCAAGAGAAAGAGAACCGAGCAGAUCCUCGACUCCCAUUUCCCGCACCACUCGAACUGGUCCAGCGCGUCGCUCACUAAAGAGACUCUCUUGUCCGCGCUAAGCGCGGUCGACGACGACGCCGAUAUGGCCAAGCAUGCGGCUGUCAGUGCCAUUGACACCAUGGAGGCAUACUACAAAGUCGCCCUCGAAAAGUUCAUCGACGACGUCAGCGUCCUUGCCAUUGAAAAUUGCGUCAUGAAGCAACUCCCAGCCAUCCUGUCGCCCAACGCCAUCUUUGACUUAUCGGAGACUACGGUGACGAAGUUGGCUGGGGAGAGUGAGGAGUCCACCGCGAAGCGCGGCAACCUCCAGAACAAGCUCAACACUCUUUAG